AUGGCAUCCACCACGACAGUACAAGGAAGUAAGCCUUCAAAGGCGCUCGUGCUUCAUGGUGCUAAGGAUCUGCGCUUGGAGUCUCGAGAGAUCCCCUCACCCACCGGCUCCGAAGUCCAAAUCGCCAUCCGCGCCACAGGCCUCUGCGGUUCAGACCUCCACUACUACAACCACGGCCGCAAUGGUGACUUUGUCGUACGCGAGCCUAUGUGUCUGGGCCACGAGUCCUCCGGCACUGUCAUAGCCCUCGGACCAGACGUAACGAGUCUCGAGAUCGGCGACCGCGUCGCUCUCGAAGUCGGCAUCCCGUGCCGCAAAUGCUCCCUCUGCAAACAGGGCAGAUACAAUAUCUGCCCGGACAUGAAGUUCAGAAGUAGUGCGAAAGUAUAUCCGCAUUUCGAUGGCACGUUGAUGGAAUUCACGAAUCAUCCUGCUGAGAUGUGUCAUAAGUUGCCUGAUUCCGUGUCUUUUGCUGGUGGUGCGUUGUUGGAGCCUCUGGCUGUGUGUCUGCAUGCGAUCAGGAGGUCGCAUCCGCCUAGUAAGGAGGUCGUGAAGCUUGCCAGUUCCCUAGGUGAAGAGACGGCGGCGUUGGUCUUCGGAGCUGGGGCGAUUGGUCUUCUUCUUGCUGCUGCGUUGGCUACGUCGGAGAAUUUCACGAGGAUCAUCGUCGCGGAUAUCGAUGCCUCGAGACUCAAGAUUGCGGAAUCGCUUGAGCUUGGGUUGAAAACGCACCUUAUCACACGCUCGUCAACCCCGCCUCCGGCUGUGGAUGCUCCGCACGCUGAGCAGGUCGCUUACGCGCUGGGAAAUGCUCAAUCUCUCGCAAAGACGCUGAAGGAGACGCAUGGUGUUCCCCAGGGAUUUAGCCGUGUGUACGAUUGCACUGGUGCGCCUGCAUGUGUGCAAGGAGGGAUCUAUGCUGCCGCGGCAGGCGGAGUUGUCGUGCAGAUCGGAAUGGGUCAUCCUGUGCAAACGCUCCCUGUGGGAGCGGCUGCGUUGCGCGAGGUCGAUAUCAUCGGCGUGUUCCGCUACGACGGAUACGCAUACCCGGCUGCUAUUGCGUUGAUGGCGAGUGGGAAGUUCGGCAUUGUCGAGGAGAAGGUGGUCACGCAUCGUGUGCAAUUGGCUGCGGAGGGAGGGGGCGAGAGAGCCUUUACCUUGGCUGGGAAAGGGGUGGAUGAGAAGGGCGCUCCGGUCGUGAAGGUGAUUAUUGAGAGUGGGAGUGCUGAUCAGGUGAGCAGAUGUCCAGUGCUGCUGUCCAGGCUAUAAUGAUAGUUGUUGUGGAUAAGAUUGAUUAUGCUAAUGGUGAACUUU